AUGAAGCCCUGGACCCCACUCAUGCGGCUCUCCGGAGCUCCUCUCAGACUCCUCUGCUCCCUGCUCCUCGUGCGGCUCUCCGCCGCGCCGGAUCAUCCGGGGGUCUGUCCCAAUCACCUCAACCUGAACCUGUGGGUGGAUGCGCAGAGCACCUGUGAGAGGGAAUGCCAGGCCGACCAGGACUGUGCUGCCUUCGAGAAGUGCUGCACUAACGUGUGCGGCCUGCUGAGCUGCGUGGCGUCACGUUUCUCGGACAGCUCCUCGGACGACGGUCAGUCGGGGGCGGGUGUCUCAGCGGGCGGCGAGGCCAGCUGCGCCGGGUUCGAGUGCGGCCAGCAGGGGGCAGUCUGCGAGCUGUGGGAGGGCCAGCCGGUGUGUAAAUGUCAGGACCACUGCGAGAGCGAGCCCAACUUCACCUGCGCCUCCGACGGCCUCACCUACUUCAACCGCUGCUACAUGGACGCCGAGGCCUGUGUUCAGGGCGUCACGCUCACCGAGGUCACCUGCCGCUAUCACCUGCCCAGCCCCAAGGCCAGCCCCCAGCCACAGGACACCACGGCUCAGCCCACGGCCGCCGGCUCCGAGCCCUUCCCGCCGGUGCUCUACUCCAGCCCACAGCAGCAGGUGGUGUACCCCGGGGGCACGGCCAGCUUCCACUGCGACGCCAUCGGACACCCGAGGCCCGACAUUACCUGGGAGAAGCAGUCCGAGCGAGGAGAGCGCAUCCUCAUGCGGCCGGACCAGAUGUACGGGAACGUGGUCGUGACCAACAUCGGUCAGCUGGUGGUGUACAACGCCCAGGUGUGGGAUGCAGGGAUCUACACCUGUGUGGCGCGGAACUCCGCCGGAGCGCUGCGGGCCGAUUACCCGCUGUCCGUCGUGCAGCGCUCCGGCGGCGAUCUAUUCGACGACCCGGAGGCGGGUUUGCCGCUGGGCCAGCCAUUCUCUCCGGCCGACUGCUGGGCCGCCGUGGAGCGGGGCGAGUGUGGCGUGCAGCGCGUGGACUGGUUCUACGACGCAGCUCGGGGCGAGUGCCAGGCGUUUGCACACGGAGGCUGCGAGGACGGGCGCAACCGCUUCGAGACAUACGAGGAGUGCCGGGCGUCGUGUCAGCGGCAGGGUCAGGGCCUGUGCUCGCUGCCGGCUGUGCAGGGCCCCUGCAAGCACUGGGAGGCGCGAUGGGCCUACAACAGCCUCACCAAGCAGUGCCUGGCCUUCAUCUACGGUGGCUGCGACGGCAACGAGAACAACUUCCGCACGCGCCAAGACUGCGAUGCCAGCUGCCCGCAGCCCAAGCGGCGUCUGUGCAAACCCUGCCGGCCGAGAGGGAAGCUGCUGGCGAGCCUUUGCCGCAGCGACUUUGCCAUCGUGGGUCGGCUCACCGAACUCAUCGAGGAGCUGGACUCGGGAAUCGCGCGGUUCCAGCUGGAGCGGGUGCUGCGUGACGAGAAGAUGGGCCUGCGGCUCUUCGAAACACAGCACCUGGAGGUGCUGCUGGCACCCAUGGACUGGAGCUGCCCGUGUCCCAACAUCACGCAGCACCUCCAGCUCCCCCUGCUGGUGAUGGGCGAGGUGCAGGACGGCAUGGCCGUGAUCCUGCCCCACAGCUACGUCAGACCCGUUUCUGACCGACGCCUCGGGAAGAUACACGAGCUUCUGCGCAAGAGGACUUGUGAGAUGCUGCAGAGAUUCCAGGACUGA